GCAUUCGAUUCGUCAGCUGAUCACGUUUGAAAUGUGUUCGGAUAUCUACUUCGGAUUACUGAAUGAUUUUCCUCGAUAUAUGCGGAGGAAUGAUACUUAAUCAGGACAUUGUUAUUAAUAUUUUGAACUAAAUUAAGUAACACAAUUGUGUAGGAAGAAGAUACUUCAGGAUGGAGCCUCAAGAUAUUUAUUACAACAAAGCUGAAUAUGUUGAAACGGCCUCCGGAAAUAAAGUAAGCAGACUGACUGUAUUGUGUGGCUCGCAAAAUAUUGUGCUACAUGGAAAAGUAAUAGUGCAAUCUGACGCCAUCAUUAGAGGUGAUCUGGCCAAUGUCAGAACGGGUCGCUAUUGUAUUAUUAGCAAGAAUGCUGUCAUCCGACCACCUUUCAAGAAAUUCAGUAGGGGGGUUGCCUUUUUUCCUCUAACAAUGGGAAAUCAUGUGUUUGUGGGAGAACGAGCAGUCGUGAACGCAGCGUUGGUCGGUUCUUAUGUUUACAUAGGAAAGAAUGCCAUAAUUGGCAGGCGGUCCGUUCUGAAGGACUGUUGCUACAUUGAGGACGGCGCGGUCGUACCACCAGAAACAAUCGUGCCGUCCUUUACUCGUUUCGCUGGCAGUCCGGCGACUUGCGUCGAAGAGCUGCCUGAGUGCACUCUGGAUCUCAUGGUAGACUUCACGAAGAAUUAUUAUGAGCACUUCUUACCAGCACGUGUUUAAUCCUCAUUUAUUCGCGUAUGUAUAAUAGCGUACAGUCGAAAAAUUUAUUCUUUUCAAAUGCAUACAUGUUUGCGUUCUACAUUUAAGAUGA